CCUCUCACCUCUCUAGUGAAUAAAUGUUGCAACUUAGCUUAUCUCCAGCAACAUUAAAAUCAUGAUCAUGUCUUGUUACCAAUGAUCAUACCUAUGCCUUCCUACUUACCUUUAACUUAUCAUGAUUAUUAACUCCGCACCAGCUUCAGGUUUAGUACGUUCAAUUGAACUCUCUCUCCCCAUUCCGACUUUUUCUAUCCCAACCUUAUACACUUCUAGGCUAGCGCUACUUGUUAUUUGGAUAUCAUUAGAGGAGAUUUUCGAAUUAUAUCAGAUUCAAACAUAUUAGUGAUACUUUGAAUUUCAUUGGCCUCGCCAUAUUAUUAUUUAUUUGUUGUAAGUAAAACUAUGUACAACUAAUAUAUAAGACUAAAACAAGUCUUUUUCUCUCUCUCCAGACAUCAACUAUUGAGUUAUUGUGCUAACUUGCACGUGAGUUCAAAACACUUCUUGCUGUUCAACACAUUGCUGGUCAAAAUGUCGCUGCCGGCUGAUCUAAAGCGCAGCGCGCUGAGGGCGGUUGUCAUCAUUUCCGCCCGUUCUCUCAUGGUCCCCAACGCCAACGCUGUGGCAGUGCAGUUUCUUCAUACAAAAGAGGACGAUCCUGCGCGGCUGGGGACACUGCUUCAGAUUCAUAGCUCCAGGACUGCUCCUCUGGUCCCGACGGGCAACGGCAAGAACGGCAUGAAGAAGGAUGCCACUACGCCUAGGAAGCAGGCGGACACCGAAGAUCGUCGUCUUGGCCUUGAGAAGGUGAAGCCAAUGACUCGUGGGGAAUUCGCAGACCUGAUGAAGAAUGUGCAAUCGCAUCCGCAUGUUGUUGAUAUCGCGGCCGCCUAUGUUUUCGAUAUCGCCGAACAAAUCGAAGCUUUUGGGCAGGACAUGAAAGCCAGACAAGUAGAUUCUUCUCGCGGGGACGGCUUGGUGACGUCGGCGGGCGAGUUUAUAAAAUUGUUUCAAGCAGAUAUAGGACAUCGUGACGAACAAGAGGACUAUGAUGAAAUUACAGCCGAAAUCACUUUGACUCGAAAGGCGCAGGCUCUCGCAAACGCUGUUCAUGAACUCCACGAGGUAAGACUGAAACUGUUGAUUAAUCCCGACGAGUAUGACGCGGAGAAUCAACAACCAUUUUUGCGCUUGAGCUUUUAUCAGAACGCGGCUACCUUCUCAAUUGCAUCAUCAAUCAAUUACCUCUAUAACCCGUUACACUCGUACUUUUGGGCGAAAAGGGUCCUUCGCAACAGGCAGCACAAGGAGGAGGUUGCCGAAGUGAUCAGGCGUGCUGAAGCCGCGAAGAAGGCAGUCCAAAGCCUGCAAGGCGCGCUGAAUAUUAAAACGGAUGAGUGGGCUGCCCAAAAGGGGGGUCUGGAUAAACAAGUGCAAGAUCUGACGAAGGAGGCUGCAGAAGCGGAGAACAAGCUGAUCAACCAGGUUGCUACAGCCAAGGCGCUGGCUACUCAAAACGCGGAGCUCGAUGCCCAAGUGCAGGCCGCCCAAACCGAGGAGAAGGAGCUGGCUGCUCAAAAAGCGGAGCUGGAAUCCAAGGUGCAGAAUUUGGAGCAGAAAGCUACUACUCAAGCGGAGGAGGCUACGAAACUGAAGCAUGAGGUCGAACGUCUGCAGGGCGAGCUCAAUGUUGCAACAACGAAGUUGGCUACUGAACAGACGCAGCUCACUGCUGGAGAGCAGGAGCUGGCGGCCGAAAAGGCGAAGCUGGCUGAAGGCAUGAAGAAACUCGCUACUGAAGAGGCCAAGCUGGCUGAAGGCAUGGAGGCGCUGAAAGCUCAGGCUCAAAAGGGCAAGGAGGAGCUGGCUUCCCAAAAGACGAAGUUGGACAACGAGGCCCAAAAACUGCAAGGCGCACUGGCUGAGGUGGCUGCCCGGGACGGGAAGCUGGCUUCUGAAAAGGCUGAGCUGGCUAAGCAACAGGAGAACCUGGACAAAAAAAAGGCGAAGCUGGCUGCUGAAGUGCAGGGCCUGGAGGACAGGGUUGCUCAAGAGAAUACGCGGGAUACUCAAUUGCACGCUCUCGGUGCGGAAAAGACGAAGCUGGACGCGGAGGUCAAACACCUUAAGGACGAGCUGCAUGCUGCAAAGGCGAGCCUGUCUUCUCAAAAGAAGGAGCGGGAUGACGAGGUCAAAAGUCUGCAGGCCACGCUGGCUACUCAAGAGACGGAGUUGAGUACUCAAGUGCACCAUCUGGAAAGUACGGCCGCUUCUCAAGCGGAGCUGCUGAAGCGCGAGCUGGAUGCUGAAAAGGCAAAGCUGGAAACUUUGGUGCACAAUCAGGCGGAGAAAGCUACUCAAGCAGAGCUGCUGCAGAGCCAGCUGGAAGAUGAAAAAAAGGCUGAGGUCAAACAACUGCAGGACGCGCUGGAUGCUGAAAAGGCAAGGCUGGAAACUUUGGUGCACAAUCAGGCGGAGAAAGCUACUCAAGCGGAGCGGCUGCAGAGCGAGCUGAAGAAGAAAGAAGCGGAGGUGGAACACCUGGAGGGCGAGCUGGAGCAUGCUAGUGCUGCUCAAGAGAACAAGCUGGAGGCGCAGGAAAACGAGGCCCAAAGCCUGCGUCUCGAGCUGGAUGCUCAAGUGCAAGAUCUGGGUCAUAAGGCUGCCCAAUUGAAGGAGCUGAGUGACGAAAAGGCGGAGCUGGCUGCUCAAAAGGCGGCGAUGGAGGGGGAGGUCAAACGCCUGCACGACGAGCUGGCUACUCAACACUCGGAGAAGGCUACUCAAGCGGAAGAGCUGACGCGCGAGGUAGAUACUCAAAAAGCGGAGGUGAAACGCCUGCACGACGAGCUGGCUACUCAAAACGCGGAGCUCUCUGCUCAAGUGCAGGAUCUGUCGGCGCGGGCUGCAACCGCGGAGCAGAAGCUCUCUGCUCAAGUGCAGGAUCUGUCGGCGCGGGCCCAAACCGAGAAGGCGGAGCUCUCUGCUCAAGUGCAGGAUCUGUCGGCGCGGGCUGCAAGCGCGGAGCAGAAGCUCUCUGCUCAAGAGGCCUCGUCGGAGCAGGAUGCCUCACUGUCGCAGAGAACCGCGGUUACGGGCUCUCCCGGACCGUGUUUCUUUGGAUCGUGCUAA